AUGGACGAUGAUCGCGACGCUGCCUCGUUUGUGUAUAUCUUUGCCGCAGUAACGUUAAACCUGACGCGAGGUGAGCCUGUACAGGAGGCACCCGCGACGCGUGAGCGCAUCGCGACUUUGCUGACCCGCUCACUGGAGCACCGUCGGCCGCUGGGGUUUGACUCGCAGCCAACAGUCCUGUCAGUCAUUUGCAGUCUCUUUACAGAGAUGUGCAGUGUUGGUCUACGGCGCCUUGAUAUGGGCUUUUUGUAUCUUCGAGAGGCCAUCUCGCUGCUGUACAUGCUUCACGCUCACUCAGAUGAAGCGCUGGCUGAAAUCGAAAUGCCGGAGCGGGCACGCCUACAACGCGUCUAUUGGGAAUGUUUUAUACACGAGCGCUUUACGGCUCUGACUUACAACAGGCCACCAUGUCUGAGUCCCUUGCGCGGUCUGCCAGACCAUGAUCCAUCCUUGCCGGAAGAUGUUGAGGCCGGCUUCAACCAUAUCAUCAACAAUUUCUGCUUGGUCGAUAGAGAGUUUCUUGAAUACUGGCUAUGUGAACGGACAGGUGUGAGCUCCGAAUGGAUCGAGAACAAGCAGCGCCAAUUGGAAGACAAUUGCUGGCACCGCGAAGUCUCCCAGCUACCGGGCAUGUUGCAGGCAGAUUUAAUCAUUACUCGACACUGGUUGCGCACGCUUACCUGGCAGAUUGCGCUGUCAAACACUCUCCUCUCCUCCUCGCCUGAUUCGUGUCUACUCCUCUCCCUUUCAUUCCCACUACGACUCUCAAAUCAGCUACGUCAGUUUCUGGUGACCAUUCCACACGAUAUGGUCGGCAUUCAUGGGUCCGGAAUUCUCGAAAAACUCUAUGAAAUCGCCAAUGUAAUCACCGAUGUGGUUCUGCAACUGCCUCAUGCAUCUGGAGACGAUACUAUUCAACGAAUUCACGACAUCAUCUUUCUCAAAAACUUUGUCUACUCUUUUGCUGGGUUUCAAACUCUGCGACCGGUGGUUCUUACGCAGAAGUUUGAGAUGAUUCGUGAGAAAUAUCCGGAGAUCAGGGAAAUCGAGCUUUUACUCUAG